GCGCCGGCGUGCAGCAUGGGGCCAGCCCCUGCACUCGCCUCCCUGCUGCUGGCGGCGCUGCUCUGCCUCUGCCCGCGGGGCGCUCGCUGCAGCCCCGGGCCGCUGGAGGAGCAGGAGCUGAUCGUGCCCGUGCGGCUGGACUCCGCGGCCGAGCCGGCUGCCAAGAGGCUCUAUCUCCUGCACGCCUUCGGGAAGCGGCUGAGCUUGGAGCUGGAGCCAGACAGCAGCUUCCUGGCUCCGGACUUCAGGCUGCAGUACUUGGGCAGCCGCCCCCGGGAAGAGGAGGAGGCGGUGCCGGAGCAGGGAGCCGCGCUCGGGAACCAACCUGCAGGUGACCUGGCGCGCUGCUUCUACUCCGGCACGGUAAAUCGGGACCCGAGCUCUGCCGCCGCCCUCAGCCUCUGCGAGGGGCUCCGAGGGGCUUUCUACUUGCAGGGGGAAGAGUACUUCAUCCAGCCGGCUAACGCCUCCCAGCAGCAGCUCCACCUCCUGCGCCGGCGGCUGCAGAGCCGCGGCCACCAGAGCGGCGGCUCCAAGUGCGGGGUGACAGACCAGAGCUCCCCCCUGGCCGCAGAGGGACAGCAGGCGCACGUGGGCCAGACAGAAACUGGAAGCACAAGGAAAAAAAGAUUUGUGUCCAGCCCUCGCUAUGUGGAAACCAUGCUUGUAGCAGACCAAUCCAUGGCAGAGUUUCAUGGCAGUGGAUUGAAGCACUAUCUCCUGACUCUGUUGUCUGUGGCAGCCAAAUUAUACAAGCAUCCCAGUAUCCGAAACUCUAUUAGUCUGGUGUUGGUAAAGAUUCUGGUCAUCUAUGAUGAGCAGAAGGGACCUGAAGUUUCUUCUAAUGCUGCCCUUACCUUAAGGAACUUCUGCGGUUGGCAAAAGCAACACAACCCACCCAGUGACCGACAUGCAGAGCACUAUGACACCACAAUCCUCUUUACCAGACAGGACCUUUGUGGUGCCAAGACAUGUGAUACCCUUGGGAUGGCUGAUGUGGGAACAAUUUGUGAUCCAAACCGCAGUUGCUCUAUCAUAGAAGAUGACGGAUUGCAAGCUGCCUUCACAACUGCUCAUGAACUAGGCCAUGUGUUUAACAUGCCCCAUGAUGACGCAAAGCAGUGUGCCAAUAUUAAUGGUCUAAACCGGGAUUCCCACAUGAUGGCGUCUAUGCUUUCCAAUCUGGAUCGAAGCCAACCUUGGUCUCCGUGCAGUGCCUACAUGAUUACAACAUUUUUGGAUAAUGGUCAUGGUGAGUGUUUACUGGACAAGCCCCACAAACCUAUACAGCUUCCCUCUGAUCUCCCUGGAACUUUGUAUGAUGCCAAUAGGCAGUGCCAGUUUACAUUUGGAGAUGAGUCCAAACAUUGUCCGGACACAGCCAGCACGUGUACAACUUUGUGGUGUACGGGCAUCUCUGGAGGAUUGCUUGUGUGCCAAACUAAACACUUUCCUUGGGCAGAUGGCACCAGUUGUGGAGAAGGGAAAUGGUGUGUGAAUGGCAAGUGUGUAAACAAGACUGAGAAGAAGCAUUAUGAUACCCCUGUCCAUGGAAGCUGGGGAUCAUGGGGACCCUGGGGAGACUGCUCAAGGACAUGUGGUGGUGGAGUGCAGUACUCCUUUAGAGAGUGUGAUAACCCAGUUCCAAAGAAUGGCGGAAAGUACUGUGAAGGCAAACGGGUGCAAUACCGUUCGUGUAAUAUUGAGGACUGUCCAGAUAAUAAUGGCAAAACCUUCAGAGAAGAACAGUGUGAAACACACAAUGACAUUUCCAAAUCCCCUUUUGGAAGUGGACCUGCAGUGGAAUGGACACCCAAGUUUGCUGGAGUCUCUCCAAAGGACAGAUGCAAACUUGUCUGCCGAGCAAAAGGCACCGGAUAUUUCUUUGUUCUGCAACCUAAGGUUGUGGAUGGCACCUCAUGUAGCCCAGACUCCACUUCUGUCUGUGUACAGGGACAAUGUGUAAAGGCUGGCUGUGAUCGUAUGAUAGGCUCCAGUAAGAAAUUUGACAAAUGUGGUAUCUGUGGAGGCAAUGGAUCUACCUGUAAGAAAGUAUCGGGCACACUCGUUAGUGCAAAAGCUGGUUAUCAUGAUGUUGUCACCAUUCCUGCUGGAGCAACCAACCUUGAAGUUAAGCAACGAAAUAACAGGGGUUCACGACAUGAUGGCAGUUUCCUUGCUAUUAAAGCUGCUGAUGGCACAUAUAUUCUUAAUGGUGACUACACUCUAUCGACAUUGGAACAAGACAUUACUUAUAAAGGCAGUGUUUUGAGGUACAGUGGCUCAUCUGCAGCUUUGGAAAGAAUCCGCAGUUUCAGCCCACUGACGGAACCUUUAACUAUCCAGGUUCUGACUGUGGGUGACUCACCUCAACCUAAAAUCAAAUAUACCUAUUUUGUGAAGAAACCACUACAGUCUGGGUCUGAGAAAGCUUCCAGCAAAAAGAAAGAAUCUUUUAACGCCAUCAAGGAGACGAUCUUAUCUGAAUGGGUUAUUGAAGAAUGGGGAGAAUGUUCAAAGUCAUGUGGGUCCGGUUGGCAAAGAAGAUCUGUCAAAUGCAGAGACUUUAAUGGGCAGUCUGCCACAGACUGUGCAAAAGAACUCAAACCAAAUGAUCUCCGACCAUGUGCAGACAUGCCCUGCCCACAAUGGCAAUUGGGAGACUGGUCACCAUGUUCUAAGACAUGUGGGAAAGGAUUCAAGAAGAGAUUAUUAAAAUGUAUGUCUUACGAUGGCAGUAUGUUGCCACAAGAAAGCUGUGACCCUUCAAAGAAACCUAAACACUUAAUAGACUUUUGCAAUGUUACAAAGUGCACUUAACCAGUAUCGAGUUGGGAAAGCUGGAGACUUUUUUUUUUUCCCAGAACAGUGCACUGAAAACAAGAGAGUUAGCGAUAGCAUGUGUGUCUUGCAUACAAAAGUCAUGGUGAAGAUUCAUUGAGAGGGGACAGUACAAAUAAUUUUAGGGUGGUUUUCCAUCAUAAAAAUAUCCUGCAAAGUGCAGAUUUGAUAGCUUAGCAAGCCAAUGUAACUGAUUCUUUCAUCUUCAGUAGAUAAAGCCCUAAGGCAUUAUAAUUUCCUUUAAGUCAGUUACAAGUUAAAGAAAACAUAAGCAGGGGCCAAAUGGAGUUUAAGUAAACAUUUCAGAUCCUUCUUCCCCCUCCCUUUAGAUUUGUGUUGUGGUACUGUUCAAGUCCCUAGGUUUUUUAUGUGGGUGGCUUGGGAUGGGGGGGGCAGAAGGGAGAAAAUCGCUUUUGUCUAAGCUUAAAAUAAUUGGUCAAGGCGUACCUACCUCACAAAGGACAAAAAACAGGAUUAGAAAAGGAGUUUCAACUACAUUGUUCAUGGCUGCUAUUGUUUCAGAGAUUAGUUUUAUAUAAAAAUUACGCCAUAUUCUCCACAAAUAAAAAGUCAAAAAUAUCAAGAACAAUCACUCUAACUUAACCUAAUUUAACCUGCAGACAACUAGAAUGUUCUAUUUUUAAGCAUUUUUGCAUCACCCCAAUGUUUCUAUCCAUUUCUCUCUCCCAUGUUGAUGUAGUUAUUGUGACAUGCAUAACCUACAAAGCUGGAAUAAGUGGCAAUCUCCAUGGAACAGGUACUCUCUAAAAGUUGUUGCUUUUGGUGCCUCCUGACCAAACCACUGGUUUCUCUGGUUCAGCUUUGGUUCUACCACAUUGUAAACUAAAGUUAUGACAGUGAAGGUUUGAGCGCUAUCUCAAGUUCUAACUUUUUACCAUGUUCCAGCCCAUACUAGCUUACUUAUUUGUGUUAUGUUAGAGACAGAUCAAAGGAAAAAGAAAUUCCCAGUAUGCAUGGGAAUCUCUAAUAUAUGACAUCUAAUAUUUUUAUAGUGCUCAAAUCACUUUUAUAAGGCGGGAAAGACAAAGCUGAAGGAUAGCGGGUCCAUCCACAGCAGUACACUAGCAGUUGCUUAAUUAAAAGUUUGUGCCAGUCCAUAGACUAUGAGAGAAUAUGGCUUUCCAUAUGUAUAUAGUAAAAUAUAUUGCUACAGAUUAUAUGUACUUUAUAAGUAUUUUAUAUUUCUUUACCUUCUGGGAAGGGUUAUAGUUUGUAAUAAAUGCGUAUAAUGAACCUAUUUAUUUUUAUACUUCCUGUGAUCUUCUAAGUUAUCGCUUUUUUUAAAAGGACAUAUAACAAGGAUAGAGUAUUUAUACAAUAUAAUAAUAUGUUACUAGAGGUAAUAAAUGAACACUAUGAAUUUUUGAAAUUGUGUUUUUAUUUCUACUUUAUAUAUUGAUUUUUUUUUUUUUACUCCAGUGAAAGUACCAAAAAUCUAGAGUAACAUUUUUCAAAAGAGACUAAGGGAUGUAGGAGCCUAAGUUUUAUAGGUGCUUUUGAAAACUUUUCCCAUGGUAAAAGAGUAAUCUUGGGUGCCCAGCAGUGAUUUCAUUUUUGGGGGGGGAAAAAUGGAAUAUGAAUUAAUUCAGUGGUCCCAAAUGCAGUGCCUCUUGACGUUGCCGCUUCUCAGCGGCAUUUCAGCAGAUGCUUGUCCGCCGGCCAUGGUCCUUAGUGGCUCGUCGUCCAGUGCCUGCUAGAUGAAAAAGGUUGGGGACCACUGAGUUAAUUGAUAUUAUUGACUUUAAGCGGCUUACAGAUGGGACAGAACUUGUUCUGUCAGCUUGUGUUUGUAACCAACAACAUUUCUACUAAACUAGUUAAUUUACCUGCAGUACUUAACAUAUUUUAAAAUGUAUUACUGGGAAAGAUGCAUUUAAGUGAAUAAUAAUUAACCAGAAGUCAGAGGUUCCCUUAAGCAAACUUCUUGAGGGUAUGAAAAGCAGACUCUUUUAAUUAGAAGUGCAUUUUUAAUGAACUGCUCUAAAAUUUUUGUAAUAUGCUCAAGAAUGCAAAUCAGAGUUUAAACAUCCAGAAACUGAAUUUUGCUCCCUUAACUCUAACCCAAUGCCCACUGAGCUCAAGAGAAAAAAACUAUUGAAGUCAAUGGGAAUUUUUGUCUUUAGCUUUGAAAGGAGCAGGAGUAUGCCCAGUGUGAAAAUUGCAGGCCAUUUCCUGCUCUCUGAAAUCCAGCUGAAGUUAAAUCUGUUAAGGGAAAGUAAAAUUUGGUACCGUGUCCUUUAGAAAUCUAUUAAAGGUGCCCUGACAAACGUUUGGCCUUCUGUGUUGUGAAACAGUAAUUAUCUGUUACUCCACGGGAGAUAUCCUGUCCCUGCUAAAGUCAGUUGUACCAGUUCACCGCUUGUGCAACAUAGUACCUUUUCCUUGCUACGUUGGCCAGGGGACCUGAAUUUGCACUAAAUGUGAUUGUUGUUAAAAUAUUUUGUAGUGUUUGUUUCUAACUUUAUUUGUGGUUUCAAUUCCAUGGUCUUUCCAUGAGAAUUGUAGGAGUAAAUAUUGUUUUAGUGUAUCUUAUUUACACUAACAUUAAAUCGUAGCUUUUUU